AUGCUUCUCGUAUACCUUGUUCCUAUCAGCUUCAUCUCCUACUACCUCUACACCCGCCUCACAUCCCCCCUCUCCAAACUCCCAGGACCAUGGCACACAAACCUCAGCCCCCUCCCUCUCAUCAUCGCAGAAUUCUUCGGCCGUAGACGCCUCUACAUCGACGACCUCCACAGCACCUAUGGCCCCGUGAUCCGCAUCUCCCCAAACGAAUGCAGUUUUUCGUCCUACGCCGCUAUGAAGGAAAUCUAUACAUCUGGCGGCAGUGGCUUUGACAGAACAGAAUUUUAUGAGUUGUUCAUGCAGUUUGGAUGUAAGACUUUGUUUUCAAUGCCGCCGAGGGGUGAGCAUAGUCAGAGGAAGAGGGUGUUGGCGGAUAGGUAUGCGAAUAGUAACGUUAUGAGAGAGGAAACUAUUGAGGGGUUGCGAGGGAGGGCGAAGAAGUUUCUGGGGAAUUGUUUGAGGGAGGAUGGGGGUGAUGCUGAUGUUUAUGUGCAUCUGCAUUGCUUUGCUUUGGAUGGAGCGUCUCAGCAUUUAUUCGCGCCUUAUGGCACCAACUCGCUAUCUGAUCCCGAGGACUUCAAGAUCAUGGCGGAAAUGUCUUAUGCAGAUAGUCUGCGAGCGCCAUACCUGGAAUACUAUGCACCCAAACUCGCCGCCUUCUUCGACAAACUCAACUCAAAGCGCUCGAGAUCAGUGCCUCUGGCCAACGAAUUCGUCCUCGCGGCAGUAGAGAAACCGAGCCCAGCAUCCUAUUCUUUGCUCUCGAAACUGCACUCCAAAGCUACAGAACUGGAAGGCGACUCUGCUGCUGCAGAGUGCAUGGAUCACCUUGCUGCUGGCAUCGAUACCACUGGCGAUGGCCUCUGUUUCCUAAUGCACGAAAUCUCAUUGCCCGAGAAUGCACACAUACAACAGCGCUUGAGGAACGAGAUCAACAGCAGUGCAGACAAGAACUUUGAUCAAUUGCCUUAUCUGGAUGCUGUGGUCAAGGAAGGAUUGAGGGUUUUCCCACCUAUACCCAUGAGUUUUCCGAGAUAUGCGCCUGAUGAGGGUACUGUGUUGGAUGGCUACUUUAUCCCUGGUCACACGAUUGUUUCCUGCCAGCCGUUUACUCUGCACAAGGAUCCUGUUGUCUUCCCUGUUCCGGAGCGAUUUGAUCCGCAAAGAUGGCUGGAGGACAAGGGAGAAUUGGAGCGUAAUCGUAUGUUUUUUGCUUUCUCGCAGGGUGCUCGAGGGUGUAUUGGAAAACACCUUGCUUUGGCUGAGAUGAAGAUUCUGCUCAGGGAGGUCUAUGGCGGGUAUAGGACCGUGUUGGGAAAGGAGAAGGCGGAUAUGAGGUUGGACGAUCAGGUCAUCUCUUCACGACCAAAGGGACAAAAGUGUCGGUUGAAGUUUGAGAAGGUAGUUUAG